UAGUGAUGAUCAAGAUCAUUCCUACAGGGCUUGGAGGAAAGCUAUCAUGCUGGUGUGGAGAGCAGCAGCUAGUCACAAGUGUGCAAAUGUGUUCCUGAACCCAGUCACUGAUGAGAUAGCACCAGGCUACAGCAGUGUCGUGUUCCGUCCGAUGGAUUUAUUCACAAUCAAGAAACAUAUUGAAAGCGGGGAAAUACGCAGCACACAAGAAUUCCAACGUGAUAUGAUGCUGAUGUUCAAUAACGCCAUUAUGUACAACAGCUCCGAUCAUCAUGUGUACUUGAUGGCCAAGAAUAUGCAAAACGAUGUGAUGGGUCAUAUUGAGGAUUUUAUUGCCACCCAGAUCAUGGUGCCACAGACAGAGUCUGGGAAAGUGUUGCGAGCGAGAGAGACACCUUCGAGAAGAGAUGCCGCUGAUAAGGUGUGUUAUUAACAGCUAUUUUAUUUUUAAACUGAUAACUUAUGGGAAUCUAUAGUUAGGUGGCUCAGUUGCCUAGUUUGUAAUCCACUAAUCACCAUGGGUUCAAAUUAUUUUCAGAAGUAUAACUGAUAUUCAAAGAAAGUUACUAAAACUAAAAACUAGUUCUCUUUUUAUGCCUAAUUUAACCUAUAACAAAGUCAGUUUUCUCCUUAAUAUAGCUUUUUCUACAAAUACAAUUAUUUUCACUAAGCCUAAUUCAUCUUUCCCCAUUAUAAACCUAACCUAUGGUACAGCUAAACAGAAUUGUUGUCUCUAAGCCUAACUUAACUUACAAAUCAAUCCUAUUUAGCCUUAUCAUACGAGUGUCUCUCAAAGCCAAACUUAAUCUACAAAUCAAUCCUAUCAUAUUUAGCCUCAUACGAGUGUCUCUCUAAGCCUAACUUAAGUUACAAAUCAGUCAAUGCUAUUUGGCCUCAUCAUACAAGUGUCUCUCUAAGCCUAACUUAACUUACAAAUCAGUCAAUGCUAUUUGGCCUCAUCAUACGAGUGUCUCUCUAAGCCUAACUUAACUUACAAAUCAGUCAAUGCUAUUUGGCCUCAUCAUACGAGUGUCUCUCAAAGCCUGACUUAAAUUACAAAUCAGUCAAUGCUAUUUGGCCUCAUCAUACGAGUGUCUCUCUAAGCCUAACUUAAUCUACAAACAGGCUGCUUACAAAUCAAUCCUAUCCUAUUUAGCCUCAUCAUACAAGUUCUAAAUCUUAAUGUAUUUGCAUCUUGUAAUUGGCAUUUUAUCCUUAGGGAUCGAGACUUAUCAACAAAGUCAUAGACAUGUUUUAAUUUGUAUUGGUUUGCCUAAGUAGUGGCUUUGGGCAAGAAACUUUGUGUUUUUCAGGAAAAUAUAUUGGUGCCAAGCAGGAAGGGAACGAUUUGCAAUGCAAUUAUUCUGGUGCUAUAUAAGGUGCACAACUGGGAAUAUCCUCAAGGAGCAGAUAAAGUUACAAAUGUUACAUGGCAUUUAAUGUAUCCAAUUACCUCAAUUUUAUAUAUUGUUUGUUGGUCCGCGCGAAGCACUGACCUACAGCAUCAC